AUGGGAAGAAACGCUGUUCCGAGCCUUGCAAAGCUGCUCCACACGCAAGUUGUUAUUAAGAUGAGCAAUGGGGUCGUACUAGAAGGUGUCAUACUGGGAUAUGAUGCAUAUAUGAACGCAGUGCUUUCUGAUAUUUCUGAACCCGAAGGAAUGCCAUUCAGUGUUAUUGUAAGAGGCGAGUUUGUAGAGAGUAUUGUUCCGGUAGACAAGAGUGAAUGA